AAUGCUAUAAAGCUGCAGAACAUCAAAAGACACUAAUAAUAACAAUAUGCAUUAAUAAAAAAGCAUCACAUGGUUGAUUCUGGACAAGAAUUCUACAUAUAAAUCAUACUUACUACAGGCUGUCUAAUGGGAUUCUGUUUAAUCUAAAUUUAUGUGAAUAAUGGAUGCAGCUUUCCUCGGUUUGUCAAACCUACGGUUCCUCUCGCCCCAGAGGAAAGCUGCAAACGCUGUAUUUAAGGGUGGACCCUGGUGGAUGCCCUGUGUUACUACGUCCCGAUCUCGUGGAAGAUAACACCCAAACACUGAGAUGGCAUCACAUCAUCACCCCUUUAAGUGUCCCCUGACUGAUACAGAUGACCAUAAGCAAGCUCAUAAACGACAGUCAGCUGGAUUCUGCACAUGCACGCACACACCCGCGCACACACACACACACACACCCGCGCACACACACAAACGCACACACACACACACACACACACACACACACACACACACACACACACACACACAUUUUUUAAUAUGCCAGUUGUAUUCUGUAUUUUUGGCUGCAUUGUAACUACUGUGGUGUAUUGUAUCAACUAGCGACAUUCUACUACCACGGUGUAUCAACAAAUAUUUCUUUAUGGGGACCAUAAAAUGAUGUCUAACUGCAUCAUAUCAUUAACUCAUCAAUGCAAUAUUAUUCGUUUUUCUUGUAAUCAGGCUAAUACCCAAUACUCAUUGUGUAACUCCUUUCAAGCAUGACUAUGAAAGACUUUUCAUCCAACACGGAAUUGACACAUUAGUAUCUUCACACAAACCAAACAGGACCUUGUGUAAUCCCCCUCCCCUACCCUACCCCAACACCACCCCGACCACUGAUAACAGAUAAAAAGGAGAAAAAGCCUGCCAGUUCUGAAAUAGUGAAUUCAGAGUCAAGAGCUUAGCAUGGGCACAAACUAAAGUCUACAAAGUUAUGUUUUCUCAAAAUAACUUCAUGAGAGAUGGCCCCUCACGGGUUUCCAGUCUGCUUGACCAAGUACAUAGGUCACGAUUUGUUAUCCCAGUUCUGGGACUGCUAAAUGUUGUGCUGCUGCUGACUGCUGUGGUUCUGGGGAUUUACUGUAGCAAGACCCAGGAGGUAUACCUGCAACCUCUGCAGAGUUCAGAACACCUUCCCUACAUCCUGGAGCUCAACUACUUCCGGGAAAACCACAGCGAAGUGGUCAAAGCUACGAAAGCGGCUGAGUUGGCCUUGAGGCUGGAGGUGUCAAAGCAUGACGCCCUCAAAGAGCAGUUGGAGAAGCAGACCAGCCUCAACGAUGGCUCCCAGAGCCACAUUAACAGGGCUCGCGCGGAGAAGGACAAACUACUCGCUGCUGAUCAGCACAUGGAAAAGUCCUGCGGUCGUUGCCAGGAAGGCUGGGUUCUCCUAAAUACAAGCUGUUACUUCUUUUCCAACGUUCUAACGAACCAACCGAUCAAGAAAAACUGGCCAGAUAGCAGGCAGGACUGCAUCAGUCGAAAGGCAGAACUUGUGGUGAUAGAGAGCUGGGAGGAGCAGGAAAUGUUGAACGACAACGUCCCAAAAAUUGCCACAUCCGGUUGGUGGGCGAGUGGGUUUUGGAUGGGCUUGACGGAGAUCUCUGUGGACAACAGAUGGGUCUGGACUAACAACGUUACCCUCCAACCACCGUUCUACUGGAUCGAUGGGGAACGGAACAGGGAGGAUGAGAACUGUGCUGCUUUCUACCCGGGCAGAGAUGCAACACAUACGUGGUAUGAUGGACCCUGCCACAGAAAUAUAUUUUACUGGAUGUGUGAGAUGAAGCUAAAUGAACAAUGAAACCCCUGAUUUGUCUCUUUGUGGUUAUAACGAUACAAUGGAAAAUCUACGUGUAUACAUCUUAUUAUGUCUACAAGAAACUGAAUUGAUUUAUUGAUUGUUGAAAUGUAAUUAUUAGGUGAGUGCUGCAAGCAGCGCUCGACUAUUGUUAGGCUUUCUUCUUUCUUUCAUUCUUUAUUUUUUUUAUUAUUCUCGACAAAUCGUGGGACCCUUUUCCUUUCACAAUUGGUCACCAAGAGACUCCAUCCCACUUUUAAAAUGUUCAUAUAAGCUUGGAAUCGCUCGCUACUAUCCAUUAUUUUAUUUUUUUUAAUUUUUAAGAUAUUCCACUUAAAUUAUUUUUAUAUUAAUUUAGGCUUUAGAAUAAUUAGUUUCAGUUAGUCUCAUUGACUUCCGUUUAGGCAAGAGCGUUGACUUUAUCAAAGAAGCUAAACAUUGUGGACGUCGCAGAGCAUAAACACCGUCAAUAUUGGUCACCCUGGAGGAGGGCUGUGCCUGAGACCACCUGGGAAGCAAGGACUAUGGAGAUCAGAUCACAUCUUUCAGCAUGAAAAAAUAGAACAAAUAUAAAAAAUUAAUCCUGUCCGGUAUGACUUUCAUUUCAUAAACAAAAAAGAUGAUUACAUAUACUGUUAAUGCUAUAAUGCUGCAGAACAUCAAAAGACACUAAUAAUAACAAUAUGCAUUAAUAAAAAAGCAUCACAUGGUU